AUGUUAUUAACUCUCUAUUCAAAUAACUAAAAUCUAAGGAAUGUGUUUAUAUAAUGUAUUUGCAUUUAAUUAACACUUUUAUAGUUUUACUCCUUAAAGUAAUAUUAAAUAAUAUCUACCUUGAAUAUUAAUUAUCUUUUCUAAUAAAAAUUGCUUUUUGUUAAGUUGAAUUAAAAACGAAAAGUUGUUAAUUGAAAAGCAUAUAUUUAAUUGAUCCACAAUUACACUAAUUUGAACAAAUCCAGCAAAAAUAACUACAUUAAUUUGAUAUAUUAUCUGAAGAUAAAGUUGAUAGAUUUGUAGCUGUACUUGCUCCACUAACAUGAGUAAAAAUUUAUUAAGUAUUUUCAUCGCAUAACAACCAGUAGUUCCAUUUGUUGUACAUUUACUACUAGCAAUUUAACAAUCUGAAUGAGUUGUAUAGAAAGCAUCAGCACAAGAUGUAUAUGGUUUGCAAACCUUUGGAUCUGCAGAAUUCAAAGCUGGUACUGAUUAUAUACAAGCUCCAUCAUAUCCUGUGACACAUCCACCAUCAGUAUUAGUUCCAUUUGAUAUACAUCUACUUGAUGCUUAUUCAGAUAGCAUUGGAGCUUUUGAUUGGAUAGCAAUAUCUUACAAAAACCUUUUUUAUCUGAGCAUUUUCAGAAGU